UAUAUCAAAUGUAAAUGCUUUAGUUUCUGGUCCUAUGAAUGAAUUAGAAUGUUGCUUAGAUCCAAUGCGUAUACCUCUUGCAGAAGAUAAUGCAGAUCUUUUAAAUGGUGCUAGUGAAAGAUUAUUCUCUAUUGCGGGGAAUCAAAUAACAGCUAAACGUACUCAGCAGUUGGAUUCAAGUUUAGUAGCAAAAAUUAUGUUUUCUGAACAAAAUUAUGAUGCAUUUGAGACUGUUUAA